CCGGCACUGAGACGUAAAAUUAACAGCUGAUUUUAAUUUUAUUUUAAAUAAUUAGAAAUAUUGAAAAUCAAUAAAUCUUGAUUUGCUAUUGUGUACAUUAAAGUUAUAAAUUAUAUAAAAUAAGUGUGGAAUAUCGCAAUAAUCUCAAGAAGAUAAUGGAAUACUAACUUAGUUGUACCGGCCCAACUGUCAAAUUACAAAAUUCAAAAAACAAAAACGAGGGAAGUAUUUUGUUCUAUUUACUUACAACUAAUAGUUGUUAGCGUUGUAGUGCGUUGUUCGUUUCGUAGCUAUAUACAAUUUAUAACACUUUUACACUACUCACAGUUGUGAGUUACGUUCAAACUCACUACAUUGGCCCUGUUUGUCUCUCUUAACUUGACAAAAAUGUGGAAGCUGAGCUGAAGACCACAACAUCAACUGCCGCAUACAAUAUUCACCAUCAUCCUUCUUACACUAUACAUACUAAUAAUAGCAAGGAAAAAUAUAGUAACUAAUCUAAUUGGCAAUUAACCAUAGUAAACCAUUGAGUUCUGCACUUUUGGAGUUAAUUUCUAGAUUCUGUAAACCUGUAUCCUCUUCUCACACACUAUUAUAACAUGAUUAUACAUAGUUUUAUAUUUUGACAGUUACUUAACUACUGCCUACAAGUUCCCAAGACUUCAAGCCUCACUAUGCAAACCCGGAAGGCUACCAUGAAAGAAAUGGAAAACAAGCUGAGCUGUGCUGCUAAGGAGCUAAAGAAGUCAAAGGAUCUUUGUCAAACACUUUUAAAUGAACGGGAAGAGUGUGAAUUGGAGAUCCAAAAAAACAUUGGCGUAAGAGUCAUCAGCUCCAGUUUAGUUUUAGAGAACAUAAAGUAGUCAGUUCGUUUUGUAGAAGUAGGGCAAUACAUGGAGGUUCCCUAAUUAUAAUUAAUAAUAGAUUAAAAUGUAAAAAUAGAAGAGAUAUUGUUAAUCUCUCUAUAGAACAACUAAUUGAGAUAGCUUGUAUAGAACUAGAGCAAUUUAUUAUUGUAAGUGUAUACCGCCCCCCCACUGCAUCAUAUGAACAAUUCCAACAUAGAAUGGAGGAGGUACUAUCAAAAUUUAGCAAAACUAGCAAGUCAAUUAUAGUGUGUGGAGAUUUUAAUAUUAACUUGCUUGAACCUUCGGCCAAUUGUACUAGCCUUAAAAAUUUAUUUCAAAGUUUUAAUUUGUUCAAUGUAUUUUGGGAACCUACUAGAAUCACUUCUACAACAGCAACCUGUUUAGAUAAUAUUUUUACAGAUGUUACUAUUACUAGUAAACUCAUAAUUAAUAAUCUUCAGUCCGACCAUAGUGGGCAACUUAUAAAAGUAAAUACAAGAUUGGACAAUGUCAGACCAAAAAAGGUGACGAUUAUACCAGUUACGGGUAGCCGUCUUGAGAGGUUUAGAAAUAAUUUGGUAAAUACGAUACCAUUUUUACACUGUGGUGAAACUGCUAAUUUUCACUAUAACUUAGUCUUCAAUUCCUUCUGUGAGGAAUUUGACAGGAUUUUUACUCCAGUAACGGUGACAGUAAACAACAAACAUAGUUUUAAUGAUUGGGCAACAAUGGGUAUCCACAAAAGUCGUAAACGCUUAUAUGACCUUUAUUAUGAGAAACAUUACAAUAAUAGUGAAGAAUUUAAAAUAUAUGUAAAAAGAUACUCCAAGCUUUUUAAAAUAGUUUGUCAUGAAGCGAAAACACGUUUCAUUGCAGAUAAAAUUAAAAACAGUAAUAAUAAAGUAAAGGCGACUUGGAGUGUAAUUAACAAUGAAACUGGUAGAUCGAAUUGCCGUUACACCUCUAUCUGUUUAAAUAUUAAUAAUCGCGUUAUAAAUUCGGAAAUAGAAAUUGCAAAUGAAUUUGAUAAAUACUUCUCCGAAAUCCCGAUUGUCACGACCAAAUACCUUAACGCUUCGCCAAAAGCAGCAUAUGAUAUGCUUAAAUUACACGUACCAGUAUCUUCUACUGACUUGAAAUUUAAGUAUGUUACAGGUAGCGAUAUAAUAAAAAUCUUCAAAUUAAUUAACCUAAAAAAUACAAAAGACCUAUGGGGCCAUUCGACUAAUAUUGUUAAAUACAUACUUGACAUUAUAGCACCUGAAUUAGCAAUAAUAUUUAAUGAAUGCAUAGAUGAGGGUGUGUUCCCUGACCUCAUGAAAUACAGCAAAGUUAUACCUUUGUUUAAAUCAGGCAGUUCUUUUGACCCUGCUAAUUUCAGACCUAUUUCAGUGCUGCCUGUUUUUAGUAAAAUUUUUGAAAAACUUUUGCUUCAAUAGCUACAAAUGCAUUUUUGUAAAUUAAUGAACAAAAAUCAGUUUGGUUUCACUAGGGGUUUAUCAACAAUUAAUGCGGGUACUAGACUCAUUGAGCACAUCUUUGACGCCUGGGAAGAGUCACAGGAUGCAUUGGGCAUUUUUUGUGAUUUGUCAAAAGCAUUUGACUGCGUCCACCAUGAAACUUUACUCCUAAAACUAAAGCAUUAUGGAGUGAAAAAUAGAGCCCUAAAUCUGUUAAAAUCAUAUUUAAGCGAAAGAGUUCAGAUAGUCGAUGUAAAUGGCAAACGGUCUUCGGGUAAACCUGUGCGAAUAGGUGUUCCACAGGGUUCUAUUCUCGGUCCUUUCUUGUUUCUUAUAUAUAUUAACGAUCUUCCGUUUGUGGUAGAUGAUAGCCAUGAGAUUGUAUUGUUUGCUGAUGAUACUUCACUUAUUUUUAAAGUGAAGCGACGUGCGGAUAUUGAUGACGAGGUAAGCAAUGCACUCUCAAAGAUAGUGCGUUGGUUUGAGACGAAUAAUCUGCACUUAAACAGUAAAAAAACAAAGUGUUUACGGUUCAUUACACCAAACACAGCGGAGGUACAAACCAACGUACUUAUAAAUGACCAGAGAUUGGAACUUGUGGACACUACGGUCUUCCUGGGUAUCACGUUAGAUAAAAAGCUUCAGUGGGGUCCACAUAUUACCCAUCUAGCAGAUAGACUCAGCUCUGCGGCAUAUGCAGUUAGAAAGAUUAGAGAGUACACGAAUGUUGCGACCGCUAGAUUAGUGUACUUUAGUUAUUUUCACAGCAUCAUGACGUACGGUAUAUUACUAUGGGGUCAUGCUGCUGACAUUGAUAUAGUGUUUGCUCUGCAAAAGAGAGCUGUUCGUGCUAUAUAUCAGCUUGGUUAUAGACAGUCUCUCAAAGAAAAAUUUAAAGAAAUAAAUAUUAUGACUGUUUAUUGUCAGUACAUUUAUGAAAAUUUAAUAUAUGUUCACAAAAAUCGUCACCUUUUUGCUCUUAAUAGUGAUUUUCAUUAUUAUAACACUAGAAAUAAGGGAUUGCUUGUAACUAAUUCUAGUAGGCUUCAUAAGAUACAUAAUAGCUUUAAGGGUAAAUGUAUACACUUCUACAAUAAAGUCCCAGCCACUGUUCAGGCAUUGUCUAUAAAUAAAUUUAAAUGUUUUAUAAAAAAAUGGCUCUGUCGUAAAUCCUAUUACUCCACUGCUGAAUAUCUAAAUGAUCGGACAGCCUGGGACUAGAUUGUGAUUAUUUUAUAGCAACUGUACAAUAUUGUAUAUUUUUAUUGAAAAGAGCGCAAAAAAAAAAAGAAUGCUGGGAGAGUUUCUUGCGCCGCUUCUUCUCUCUCAGAGCGCCAUUUGUUUCCGAAGCGGUAGUAGUAUCUAGUAGUAUAAGAAAUGACAUCAAAAAGAAUUCUAAAGGAAUCAAUUUUGAGAAAAUAAAUGCCUUUUAUGCCUUUUUACAGGGUCGCAGAGACUCGCGAUGUGCAUUACCGUACUCCAAACUUCUUUAUCCUCAAUAUAUUCCUUAAUAUAAUA